AUGGUGAUUCUAGUGCCGGAAAUGGUGAGCAGAAUGGCUGCAGAGCAUGCGAAGUUUCAAGACGAAGAGUACGCGAGUGUGCCGGAAGAGGCCAGCAAGGGCGAAGAUGAAGGACCACCUCCUCGGGAUCAUGUCUUGCUCUCCGGUCGCUUCACCACUGACAAUCCCAAGAUCAAGAACUACAUGGCAAAGGUUCAGCGUGAGCUCAAUGCGCUCGGAAUCGCCACCUUCAUGGUGAACACAAAACGGGACUUUGGCGCGGAGACGAUGCGUGGGCUGGGAGGGGCGAGAUGCAUGGUGGCAUUUUGUAACUCGAGCUAUGGCGAGAAGACGAGUGACACCUACGAGACGUACUGUGAGCUGAAGCACGCGUACGAAAAUCAUGAGAUCGACCUCAUUCCGGUGCAGUUGUGCACGAAGUGGCCACCUCAACCCCCUGGCCAGGCAGGAAAAGACUUGUGCACCUUCGUGCUAGGGAAGAGCAAGGUGAAGAUUAAGGGCCUGGAGAGCGACGACACUUACAAGGCCGCCCACAAGUUGGCUGCAGACAUCCGUGACCACAUCAAAGGCUUGGGCGUUUUGGAUCAAGUGGGCCGUGAACCCCCGCUGGCUGCCGUGCAGGAAAACGAGUGA